AGGCCUGCCGGGGGGGCCCCGGCCGAAGGGCGGCCACGUGCCCAUAUGGGGGAGCACGCCCGGCCAUGGCCCGCGACCGCUCGGGCGGCUCCCGCAGUCGGCGGCGGAGGGAGCCCAGGCCCGCGCGCGGUGGCAGCCGCAGCAGGAGCCGCCUCUGCAGGGAGCGCAAGGCUCGCAAGCGGGACAAGGAGAAGGCCGUGCCCCAUUUCAGCUGGAAACCUGGCAUGUGCUUGGGGACGAAUGACAGGUAUGUCGUCGAGCAGUUUCUCGGAGACGGGACGUUCGGCCGCGUACUUGGCUGCAAGGACAGUGUCGCACAAGACUACGUUGCUGUCAAGGUUGUCAAGGGCGUCAAGCGCUAUUGCGAGCAUGCCGAAGCCGAAGUGGAGAUACUGCAAGAGAUCCAGCGUUUGGACCCCAGGAGGGAGAGCCUCUGUGUCGAGAUGCUUGACAGCUUCCUGCACGCCGAGCGGUGCGCCCCGUUUUGCAGCUCUCCUUGGCUUUCGUUGUUCCCUCGACUAUGCCAGAUGGCUGUCGUGCACGAUGCGCCUGGCUUUGCCGCCGUGGAGUGUCGCCAGACUGUGCUGAGCUUGCAUCCCUUGGCUUGGUGUGGUUUUCGAGUCCUUUGAGUGUUUCAUAUGCCCGUGUGACCCGCAGAGCUGUGGAGAAGACGGGUUACACAUCAAACCUCUCGGAUUCAGGCCUGCGCGUUGAAAUUUGCCUGGUGCCGCUGCCUUUCUGCUCUCACUGCACGUGCGUACGCGCGCACCUAUAUUUUUGUUUGCUAGAAUGUCUGCGCGAAUGCACACGUCUGUGCUGCGCUGCAACUCUCAAGGCACGCAUCUGCGUUAUGGUGGGAUUUGGUUGCAGUGUUCGACUGUGUGCAGCGAGUGCUUUGUCGUCCAGGUGUCUGUCUGCCAGCAGCGUGACCGUGCGCAGCUCGCCCAGGAUUCCGGGCGCCGCCGGCCCACAGCGUGCGCCGCGCCCUCCCCCCGCGGGUGCGCACCGCCUGGCCCCGCGCCCUGCCUCCCCUCCGCCCUUCCCCUCUGCGGUCCUUCGCCCCGCGCCCUUCCGACGCGGUGCCUCCGGCACGUCCUGGCGCGCCCCCUCGUGGCCGCGCGCUGGGGGGCCGCGCGCUCGACUGCCGCGCCCGCCCUCGGUGCUCUGCGCGGCCCCCCCCCGCCGCC